AAGUUCCUUCUGUCCCCUCUUAGCCCUGGUGUGGGUGCAGGUGACAGCUGAGCUGAAGAAAUGAUCCCCAGGGUAAUAAGGUUGUGGCUGCCUUCAGCUCUGCUCCUCUCUCAGGUCCCAGGCUGUGUCCCUCUGCGUGGCCCCAGCACUGUGACAGGCACUGUGGGAGAAUCGCUGGGUGUGGCUUGUCAGUAUGAGGAGAAAUUCAAGACUCAUAAUAAGUACUGGUGCAGAGUGUCACUUAUGCUACUAUGCAAAGAUAUUGUCAAGACCAGAGGCUCAGAAGAAGCUAGAAAUGGCCGAGUGUCCAUCAGGGACCAUCCAGACAACCUCACCUUGACAGUGGCCUUGGAGAAACUCACCCUGGAGGAUGCAGGCACCUACAUGUGUAGAGUGGAUAUACCAUUUAUCCAUGACACCUUUAAAAUUGAUGACUCCUUGGGGAUCGAUAAGUCCUUCAAGGUUGAGUUGUCCGUUCUCCCAGCUCCAGUCAUAGCUUUGAGCCCUGGGAAUGAUACCAAUAUCGUCGAGUUCCGCACAUCCACACCUGUGCACACUCAGCCCAGCGUGACCACAGAGGACACAAUUCGGGCUCCCAGCCCACAGCCUCGGUCUCUUCUGAGCAGCCUCUACUUCCGGGUCCUGGUGUUUCUGGAGUUGCCCCUGCUCCUGAGCAUGUGUGGUGCCGUUCUCUGGGUGAACAGGCCCCAGAGGUGCUCUGGGGGAAGCAGUGCUGGGCCCUGUUAUGAGACCCAGUGACAUCUGUUGACAUCAAGGCCACGUCCCUGGGCACAGCUUCUGUCGUGGCUGAGGAAAACCAGUAAAUAUUUUUGAGAAUGCUCUGAGACUUUUAGAAGAUUCUUUGUGCUGUAUCAAACACAUAAAAGAUUGUACCAAAUAAAUACCUAUAUAUUUAAAUAAAAUUCAGGGUAGAGAGAUGGCUCAGUGGUUAAGAGUACUGGCUGUUCUUCCAGAGGUCCUGAGCUCAAUUCCCAGUUACCACAUGGUGGCUCACAGCCAUCUGUAAUGAGAUCUGACGCUCUCUUCUGGCAUACAGGUGUACGUUCAGAUGGAACACUCACAUAAUUAAAUAAAUAAAGCUUUCCCCCCUUUUUUAAA